AUGGUAUCAUCAUCAUCCAAAGUGCUAGAAAGUGCCAUCCACCCAAAACCAUUGGCUCGCACCACAUACUGGGGUUUAAGGUGUUGGAGCAUCAGAAGCCAACCUAAGGCUAACAGGGGUGGGGUUGUCUGGUUGCUGCAAUGCAUUGGAUGUGAAAGGCUCGAUUGGGGAUUGCUCUUCGCAGGGUAUCCCGCUAUACUCCCAUGGUGGCUUGUUGUAUACUACCCAAGAAGAACACCAAAGUUGUUGCACACAUAUAUUCAAGAGUCAUCAAGAGUCAUAAUGAGUCAGUUCAAAGUUAUUUCUAGUCAUAGACAACAUAUGUGGAAAAUAUUUUUCACGGUCACCUAA